AUGGGAGACGUGUUGAUCCCGGAGCUCCAGCGUGGGAACACUUCUGUGACCAUAUGCGCUCGUGUUUCUCGUUUAUGGGAUUUCUGUGAUCCUCAGGAUGAAGCAAAGUUGCUCCAUUGUGAUAUGGUGCUGCUUGACGAAGAGGGAAACGGUAUCCAUGCUGCAAUAUUCCCACCAGUCAUACAAAAGUUCAAGCCACUGAUAAAAGAAGGAGUCGUCUACAACAUCACAUACUUCCGGGUCAGAGCCUCGAACAAUUUGUACAAGCCUGUUUUCAAUGAGAACAUGAUUACCUUUACAAACUGGACAAAAUUGGAGGAGGUUGUUGAGGUUCCGCCAGCAUUUCCUGUGCUUACCUACUCACUCACACCGAUAGACCAGCUCCAUUUGUGUGUCGACCACAGGGAGUACUACACAGAUACCAUUGGAAUUGUCACUUCCAUCUCGGCCGUGGCGCCGCACCGAUCCAAAGGGCAACAUACAACCAGCUCUAAGAGGACUAUUUCCCUAUGCAGUGUCAGCAACAGCAGUUCGGUAAAUGUUGUUCUCUGGGGUGGGCAAGCUAGCUUAUUCCCUGGAGAACAGAUCUACAACGAUGGUCAGUCCUCUCCACAGAUCCUGAUGUUUGUUGGCACGCUUGUCAAGAAAUACGCGGAUGGACUGUGCUUGUCUGGAGGCUCACCCUGUAAGUGGUACAUUAAUCCUGAUGUUCCUGAAGCAAGUGCCCUCAUGGCUAGUGCGACGAAAGCGCAUAGUCCCAUUAAGUGGAACGAGGUUCUAUCUUCGAAUCAGCCUAUGUCUCAUGUUCCUGAGGAACAGAAAAUUGCUUAUAUCAGAGAUCUGCACCCAUUUGAGAAUAAGGAUAGGGAAUUCUUGGUGACAGUCACUGUAAAAAAGAUUGGUGAUAGGUGGUGGUACAAUGCAUGCAAAAAAUGCACCCGCACAGCUGUGGCUCAUGGAGAUUCCUACAAGUGCAGCGAUCAAGUUUGCGCUAACGUUGGCACGCCCAUCCAAAGCAGCUACUUUUCUAUGCAUCACCCUGAGUGA